AAGAUAAUAUUCAAGUUUUUCAGUGGCCUGUUAAUGUCAAAGUUACUGUGCUACACAAUAAAAAGAACAAAGACAAUCUUGAAACUCCUAUCUUCUCCUCUGUUACAUAUCUGAAAGUAUUUUAUGACAACUGCUAACAGGCUCUUACCUACUUAAAGCACAUGUCAGCUUUUUUCUAGAAAAAGGAAGCAGAUACUGUAUCAAAAGCAGUACUUCCCUAUUUUAAUAAAAAGCAGUUUGGGGUAUAUUCGAUCCUACUGAUCAGCCCCAGUCAGUUUUGGAAUAGACUCUGGGAUAAUGUGGCUGUUUCUACUUCCUGCAGUCCUUUGGAGUUUCCAUUUUUCUUAUGGAGAGAUUUCCUGCAGGAAUGAAGCUGGCAGACCUGUGGACUGGUUCAUCAUUUACAAGUUGCCCAAGUACAAAAUUGGAAGUGUUGGAAUUGGGCUCGAGUACAUGUACUUGGACCCUACGGUUAAAGAAUGGCAACUGAGUAAGUUCUUGGUGAAUACAAGUCAGUCGGCCGUUGGCAAAACACUGGAACAUCUGUACCAGGAGCACAAACACAAGUCAAACAACUCUGCAUAUAUGCUGUAUAAUGAUGCCCCUCCUUCUCUGGAUUAUAUAGUGCACUAUGGACACACAAAAGGAGUCCUACACUUUGACCAGACUCAGGGUUUCUGGCUCAGUCACAGUGUCCCCCACUUCCCUCCAUUCCCAGAAAGGGGCUACAGCUGGCCUUCCUCGGGGAAACUGAACGGCCAGACCGCACUCUGUAUCACUUACAAAUCGACACAAUUCUCUCAGAUAGCUGAGCAACUGUUGUAUUAUAACCCCCGCGUGUACAACUGCUCCUUGCCUGAAGUCUUUCGCCACGAACUGCCCAGAAUGAGCUGCAUUUGCGAGGGCUCUGUAAAGCCCUGGGUGCAGGGGAGGAGGAUGGGGAAACUGCUGUCAGCUCAGGGAGAAACCUUCCUCAGCCUUGCCAAGUCUCGCUUCUUUGUGGAUGACAUCUACACUGGCUGGGCUGCUCAAGUUUUAAAGACUACUCUGUUGACGGAAACCUGGCAACGAAAAGAGCAUGAACUGCCUUCGAACUGCUCCCUUCCUGAACACGUUUUAAAUAUCAAAAGAAUUAAACUGCCGGGACCUGUGGAGUUCUGGUCUCACUUUGAUCAUGCCAAGUGGUGUGUAUCCCAGGAGUAUGAAGACCAGUGGAUCUGCAUUGGAGAUCUAAACAGAGAGGACUGCCAGCAGUGGAAAAGUGGAGGACUUAUUUGCUCACAAAACCCUGUUAUCUACCACGCUUUCAGGGGGGCUGUGUCCUGGUUUGUUAGGUGCAGAGACAUGUUUAAACUGUAAGAGGGGGAAUGUUUGACCCUAUUGUUGCAAUUCAGUUACAGUACGCUGACUCUUUCUGUAUCUAUUUGUUGCAAAUGCAGAGCAAUGUUAAUUGCGCUCAGGUUUAACAAAUGCCGCUUGAUAUUUUGAAGCUAAUGUUUGCUGAAAAGCAAGAAAAAAAGUUGCUCAAAUGCAAAUGUAUUUCUUUCCAGAACAACUAAAAUGUAUAGGUUUAAACAUGGGUUGAUGGCUAACACAAAAGAAUAAACACCCAACGACUGCAAUUAUCAAUCCAUUCAUCUAUUAUCAGAAAAUAGCUUUUUUUCCUUUGAAGUGUAGUGGCAAAGCUCUUCAUUUAAAAUAAGAGGAAACUGGUUGUAAAUGUCAAUUAUAAUUAUGUUGCGCAAAUGUUUUUUCUUUAUAGGUUUGGUUGGGUUACCACCAGCAGUUCCGUGAAAUCUUUCCUCAUUUUGUGCUUUUGUCUUCUGUUGUGCGGAUCCCAUCUACAGCCAAUAAAUGAUGGUGCUCGCAGCUCUGAAUAUA